CUUGGGAGAAGCAUUUACUACUGGUGUGUCGCAAAAUAAUGUUUUAAAGUAACCGAUUUCACAUACCAUUCAUGAAAGUUAUCUUACGUUAACGUUACAUAUUUAGCCAGCCAACUAUCAGCUAGCCAUGUGUAUGAGUUGGUUGCCUAACAACCUUCUUGCCUUUUAUAUGCAGGGUCCCUCCUAGUCACCACUAACGUACUUUCUCCGUGCUAUAAUUGUACCUAUCUAUCCUGUUAACCAGAUUUCCCACGAAGGCUAACGUUUUUGUUUAUUGGGCAUCUAAGACGAGUGUACGUGAGGUCAUGAGCUGUGCUAUCGUUAACAUUAGAGCAGCGUUAUCGUUUGAGAGUGAAGUUUGCUUUGCUCAUAUUUUCCAUUUGCUUCGGAGUAACGUUUGGCAAAUUACCAUAGCUAGCGCCAGCUAGUGUUAAGAUUGUGAUUAUUUCCAUACAUUAGUUCUGACUUUGACAUCUCGUACUUAACUUUCAUGGUAAACCCCGUAAUCCAGUGGUGGAGGCGAAUAUUGGCGAUUUAAUGUUACCGGAGGUGGGUAGAAAGCACCAACAUUCUGAGAAAAUGGCUUUGGACGAUGGUGUGCCUUAUUUGGAAAUGAGGACUAGACCCGACGAUUCUUCAAAGGAAAACGUGCCCGUGGAGACAUCAUCUCAAUCGAUGCUGCGCAAAGAUGACAGCGUUGGCCUUAGUUUGCCUUUAGGCGAAGAGUACGAGAGGAAGAAGCAGAGGCUUAAACAAGAGCUUCGUAUGGACUACAGACAAUAUGUGUCGCAGAAAAAGGACUUUCACUCUGCAGAGGCGCUUGCUGCACCACAGGAACUUUCUCUCCCUAUUAGAGAAAGGAGAUCUGCCAAGGCACGGCUAAGAGAUGAGCGGAACAAAGAGUACAAUGCCUUUCUUAUACACAAAGGAAAACAGGCUGUAACCAGAACAUUGCCAGAUUCCUGGAAGGUACAACAUCAAGACCCCCUUUCACCUCCCCUGCCAAAACCUAACCCGGUCAGCCCACCCUCGCUCAGUGACCAGAGGGGUCCUCUCGCAGAGAGGCGGUCUUCCAGAAGAGACGCCGCCACUCUCACAGACCUCCGAACAGAGGACCCCGCACCCCGCAGACGCGGGGGGGCACCCCCUGUGCGCUUCGACAGGAAUCCCCGGCGGCUCAGGUACUAUUACUACAACUCAGACGAGGACCUGAGCUAUGGGGAGGAAGAGGAGGAGUACGAGGAGGAAGAUCUAGAUUACGUGUCCAGGAGGAGACCCAGGCCUAGAGAGCUGGUUGGUUACUCGGGGAAGAGGGAGAGGAGAGUCCAUCGCCACAGACCGGACAGAAUUGUCCAGGAGAGGCGGGAGGUGCAAGCCCCCAUCCUCCGAGCGGAAGAACACUUCGAGGAGAGCAGGCGGAUGCUGUCAGCCAUAGUUAACCCUAAUCCGCAAGCAGAACCAGCGCCAGCGAAGACCAGCGUGAGGUCCAGAUCGGUGGCCAACAAGAACAUGGCCGAGUUCUCCACAGGGCUCAACAUAGGGACGGCGGAGGGGGACGUGGCCCAACAGAGGAGGAAGGAGCGCUACAGGCAGGAGCUGCUGGAGCAGAUGGCCGAACAGCAGCAGAACAAGAAAAAGGAAAAAGAACUAGAACUCCGAGUUGCUGCAACAGGAGCUGUAGACCCAGAAAAACAGCCUGACCGGAUCAAGCAGUUCGGGGCUGUGAACCGGGAGUACGAGGGGAAGCGGCGGAGGGACGUUCCCUAUCGGCCCGGCCAUGCGCUGGACUCCCUGGGGGGCGACUCAGCCAGGAAGCCCCCAGAGGAGAGGCCUGCUGUGGGCAUGGAGGAGCGGCUGCCCCCUGAGAGGCCACGUGUGGCCUUCCAGUCCCCCCCACUGGUGGACUACAGCACCAGCCUGGCCCAGCUGGCUGCGGCUAGGGGGAGCAGGGUGGAGCCCGGGGGGGGCAUGGGGGCCCCCAUCAACAUGGAGUUCCACAGGAACCUCUCGGGCACGCUGGGAGAGAUGAUCGCACCUAGGAUCACCGCUGGCCCUCCUCCUGUUCCGCCCACCCUGGCCGAUGCCUACCGCACCCCCUAUGAUGACGCCUACUACUACUACGGAGCCAGGAACCCGCUAGACCCCAAUCUGGCCUACUAUGGUGCUGGAGCUGGAGCUGUUGGCAUGCCUUCUUACCCUCACCUGCCCCUGGGGAUGCCCCAGUCUUUGAAGUCUGGCCAGUCAGCAUUUCUCACACAAGUGCCUAGUCAGCUUGGCAUGACCCCCGCUGGGCUGGGUGUCUUUGCUGUAGACAGAUCCAAACAAUCCAAGGAGAACGCGCUGAGCUACCAGGAUGCGCUCAAACAGCAGAUCCGUGAGCGGCAGCAGCGUAAGAUGCACGAGCAAGACGAACGGGAGCGCUGCGAUGCCAAACUGGAGGCCGACAUGAAGAACUACGACCCCUGGGGACGGGGAGGUGGGGGAGCCCCCCUCAAGGACAACCACGGCAACCUCAUCAGUGACUUAAAGCGUAUGCACCAGUCCAACGAGGAGGCCUACUUGAACCCAGAAUCCCGCCGGGGUACGGGCACCAUGGGUAGGAACGACCCGACGCCACGGGAGGGCAGGAGCGACCCGAUGCCACGGGAGGGCAGGGUCGCCUCUCCCCAUAAGAUGGCAGGUUAUCUUCAUGGUCAGGCCACAUCUCACGCCCGGGGCAACGUGUUCAGGGACGACGCGCCGACACUACAGCAGCUGCACCAGCAGGACCAGUACAAGGAGUACCUGAGGCAGCAGAUUGCGGAGAAGAGGACUAAGGAUGCAGAUGAGAGGGAGCGCCAGCGUUUGGAGGACGAGAGGGAGGAGAAGAGGCUGGAGGAGCAGAGGGCCCAGAUCCAGAGGGAGUACGAGGAGGAGCAGGGCAAGAAGAAACGCAAAGAGAUGGAGCAAAUAGCCAAGAACGAGGAGUUGGUGCGGCAGGCGGAGGAGAGGAGAAAAGAGGCGGAGAGGAAGAACAAGGAGGAAGAUGACCGAGCCAGCGAGUCCCUGAGGUCGCAGUACGAGCGAGAGAGACAGACCCGACAGGAGGAGGUGAAGAGGGAACCGUCUCCUCCCAUCCCAGCCCUGCAGAAGAAAUUGGGGCACCAGCGUACCCCCAGACCCCCCUCCGCAGACAGCCGCCACUCAGCGAGCGCCUCCACGGUUUGUUCCCUCUCUGCCCCCCACUCCCCACCUGUGCCUGCUCGGCGGAAUCAGCUCCGAGCCAAAGAGGAGAAGCAGUCUGUGAUCAGUGAGCUGUCUGCACUGAGCAGGCAGUUACGCAAUGAGCAGAGAAGGCUGGAGAGACAGAGACUGCAGACGGAGAGAGAAGACAUGUUCACCCCGCCCGAUAGGCAUAGAGAGCGCCCUCCGGUGGACGUGUUUGAUAUGGCGCGACUCCGCAUGCAGGUGUCGGCCAAGGUGCCAUCCUCCAGAACACAGGGGCCAGUUAACGUCCAGAACAUCCACGACUUUAACAAGCUCAAGUACAGAGACAGUGCGUCCCGUGAGGAGGUGCGUCAGGCGUACCCAGACCCCCCGUGUGAUGAUCCCAGCCUGGAGCUCCAGCAGCAGGCUCUGCUACGCCAGCAACAACACAAGAUCAACAACAUGAGGAAAGAGAAACCAGAUUACUUCAAUCUCUCAACUCCAUUCAAGCCGCCCCGUCGUCAGGUGGAGGUGGAGUCUGUUCAAGAUGGCUCCAGACCUGCACUUCUGCAGUCAGAGAGUGCCUUUAUUGACUCCCACGAGGGUGAGUUCCUCGAGUCCCGAGUGGAGCGGCGAGAGAGGCAGAGCUCAGCGCGGGAGAGGAGGCGAUUGGCUCGGAGGAUGGAGUUUGAGGAAGAUCUGGAUGCUCCGCCUGGGCAGAGUGAGGCAGACAGACAGACGGACACAGAGUCUCUCCGCAGCCUGAACGUGGAGAGGGUGAGGGAGCGCAACCAGCAGAGGAUGAGACGACUGGAGGGCAUGAGCAAGCAGAGCGCCCUAUCAGGUGAGCUGUUCGCUGACGAGGAUGACGAGUUCUGGCAGCCGCCUUCCCCUCCCGCUCUGGACAGGCGUGUCUCCGUGGAUACGGUUGCCACAGAGCCCUGGCUGAGACCCAGCACCACGGAAACCCUGAAGAAUUUCCUGGCGGGGCGAAGACCGCUCAGCAAGGAACCCGUGACUGAGGACUGGGAGGGUCCCUCCACGUACCACGGGUGACCCCAGAACAGCCACCCUAACCUUAAACCCAGGUGCCUGAGGCCUGCCGCCUACCAAGGCUGGUCCCAGAUCACCUACGCUGGAGCCUGAGGCCUCUAUUGACCAGUAGAGUUUGCACUGUAUUCAUGAGCCAUUGACCCUGUUGCGCAUAACCUCAGAGCCAAAGAACACUGUUAUUAUUUAACGUCCAGAUACCAGACCUUUAAUAUCUGUCUGUUUAGUGUCUGUUAACUUUCUCUUUUAAAUAUGCCUGUUGCUGUUAAUUUAAUUCGUAUUUUCUCAUGUGUGCUAAAAAUGGACUGUCACUCGUAGCCUAAGCAGGUUGAUGCCCCUGGUCCACUGGCGACAGGAAUAGCAUCAGCGAGUGUGCGUGGCCUUCAGUACAAAUCAUUCACCUCAACCUCCUGUGCUUUUGUUUGUUUGUGUGCCUGCGUGCAAAACCUUGUUCUUGUUCCCUCUCUCUAUUGUUGGUGCCUCUUCUACUGCACGAAUGUCAUGAAGAAAUAUUUUACAGACCAAUUUUGUGGGUUUUUUAAUGUGCUUUUCAUGUUUUUAGGAAAAGAAUCAACAUUAAUCUAUUCAGAUGUUUAUUAGAUGAAAUAAAAGCCUAUUUUUAAUAAUGU